AUGAAUAUAAGAGAUAAUAAAAAUUCUAAUAACAAUAUCUAUAACUCUAUUGAUAUAACUGACAAUGAAGAUGAUGAUAUAAUAUCAACCCAACCAGAUUUCACUUCAUCCAAUAUUUUUUCUGUAGAUUGGUCAGCACCAACACCAUCUCCUCAAAAAAAACAAAAAACAAUAAUCAGUAAUAAUAAUAAUAUUCUUAAUAAUAAUAAUACUAAUAAUACUAAUAAUAAUAAUAAUAAUAAAAAUAAUAAUAAAAAUAAUAAUAAAAAUAAAAAUAAAAAUAAAAAUAAUAAUAAAAAUAAUUUUGAUGAAGAUAGUUCAUUCGAGUUUGAAGAAGAUUUCGAUCAUGAAGCUAGAAGAUUAGAAUUUGAAAAAUAUAUUUCGAUUGAUGACGAUGAAGAAAUCAUCGAUGAUAUACCAUUUGUAGAUUCAGAAAAUUGUCGUAUUACAAUUGAUUUUAGUAAAGAUGAACAUGAGGAUGAUUAUUAUGAAGAUAAUGAAAUUAAUAGAAUUAUAAAAAGACAAACAACAUCAACAUCAACAACAACAUCAAUAUCAACAACAUCAACACCUCAAAAACAACAACAAAAUACUCCAAAUCACUCACCUUCACCAUCACAAAGAUCAAAAACUACAAGACUUCAACAAACACCACUAACCACCCCACAAACAACACCACAAACUUCUCCCUCGUCUCAAAAUAAUAAUAAUAAUAAUAAUAAUAAUAAUAAUAAUAAUAAUAAUAAUAAUAAUAAUAAUAAUAAUAAUAAUAAUAAUAAUAAUAAUAAUAAUAAUAAUAAUAAUAAUAAUAAUAAUAAUAAUAAUAAUAAUAAUAAUAGUAAUAAUAAUGAUAAUAAUUAUAAUAAAAAUAAUAAUAAUAUUGAUGAUUUAUCAGAAGAUCCAAAUACAGAUAAUGAUAAAGAAUGGUAUAAUAAUAUUAAUGAUAGAAUUGUAAACUAUCAACACUUUGAUGUACAUAAUAAUAAUAAUAAUAAAAGAAAUAACAAUUUCAAUAAUAAUAAUUUUGAAAUAUUACCAAAUAAUAAAAUACCAAAUAAAUGGUUGUUAUAUAUUGGAGAAUUUAAUGAAUGUGAAUUUUAUCUAUUAGAUUAUCAAGAUGUUAAUGUUAGAAGUGGUGAUAAAUUUUUUAUUAGAAAGAAUGAAGAUAGUAAUAUAUUGGAAGCAUUUACAAUGAAUAAUAAUAAUAAUAAUAAUAAUAAUAAUAAUAAUAAUAAUAAUAAUAGAAAAGUUGGUACAAUUAAAAUUAGUAAUAAUAAUAUAAUUCCAGUUAUAAGAAAGAAUUAUUGUAGAUUAGUUGCAACCAUAACAUUAAUGUAUAGAGAAUUUGAUAAUAGUGGUGCUCAAACUGGUUUAUAUGGUAAAGCAGAUGGGUUAUCAAAUGUUCAAGUUUACAUUUCUCAUAUAACAGAGAUUGAUGAUAAAGUUGAUAAAGUUGAACCACCAGCUGGUGAAGUAGUAGGUUCAUCACUCUAUUUAGCAUUAGGUAGAAUAUUAAAGGAUUUUCAACGUAAAGGCUCAUUACAAAUUAAAGGAAGUGGUGAUAUUAAUUUUGGUUUUGCUAGUAUUAAUAAUAAUGAAUCACUAGAUUCAAACAACAACAAUAAUGAAGAUAAUGAAAGUUAUAUUAGAAAUGAUUGUGAUAAUUUAGUUAGAAAGAAAUUGGAUAAAAUUGAACAACCAGAAUGGUUAAGAUCAAAAUUAUUAGAACAUCAAAAAGAAGGUAUAUGGUGGAUGAGAAAGAGAGAAUUAGAACCAUUCAUUACCAAUGGUCAAACUUUAUCAGAGCAUUGGAGUAUUUAUUUAUCGAAAUCAAGUGGUGUCACAUUUUAUUAUAAUUCAUUUUGUGAUAAAAUUACUAUGUUUGAACCAAAAGGUAGAAAAUCAAUUUCUGGUGGUAUGUUAUGUGAUAAAAUGGGACUUGGUAAAACAUUAAUGAUUUUAUCAUUAUCAUUAAAAAAUCAUCCAAUUUAUUCAUCUCAUGAAAUUCAUAAAGAAAUUUUAAAUGAUAUUAAACCACAAUUAAUUAAAAGAAGAAAGAAAUAUUUCAUUGGUACUGAUAGUAGUUCUGAUUUAUCAUCAUCAUCAUCAUCAUCACCAACAAAAAUAACAUUACCAAAAUCAACAUUAGUUAUAUUACCAUUUAGUGUAUUAAAACAAUGGAGAAAUCAAUUAGAAUUACAUUUACAACCAGACUUUUUAAAAAAAUUAAAUAUUAUAAUUUAUCAUGGUACAAAUAGGAAAUCAAUAACUCAAGAUCAAUUAAUUAAAGCUGAUUUUGUAUUUACAACUCAUCAAACAUUUUCAAUUGAAUAUUCAUUUUAUGAAAAGGAAAGAAAAAAUAAAUCUUCAUCUGCAAUUUCAACUUCAUUAAUACCAAUACCUUUAAUAAAUGAAGAUGUAAUAAUAACAACAACAACAACAACAACAACAACAACAAAUAAUAAUAAUAGUAAUAAUAAUAAUAAUCAAAAACAAAUAUCAUCAAAAUUUACAAUUAUACCACCACCAUUAUUAUGUAUUCAUUGGUGGAGAGUUAUAAUUGAUGAAUCACAUAAAUUUAAACAUAAAUCAUUAUUUUUUAGAUCAUUACAAAAUUUAGAUUCAGUUAAUCGUUGGUGUUUAACUGGUACUCCAUAUCAAAAUAAUUGUACAGAUUUAUUUCCAAUGUUAUACUUUUUAAAUGUUUUUCCAAUAGCUAAAAAUAUUGCAACUUGGAGGAAAUUAGUUGAAUCGAUUCAAGAUCAAUCUGAAAAGAAAAAAAUAUUAAAGAAAUACUUAAAUCCAAUCAUUUUAUCAAGGUCUAAAAAAGAUGUUAGAAUUCAACAAAAUCAAGUUUAUGAAGAAAUCAUUGAAUUGGAAUUCGAUCAAAAUGAAUCCGAUGCUUAUAGUUUGGUAUUUAAAGAUUCAAAUGAAACUUUUGAAAGGAUUCAAGAUCGUGGUGAUUUAAAUCAUCAUUAUAAUUUAGUGUUACAUUUAAUUUUAAGAUUAAGAAGAUGUUGUGAUCAUUCUUCAUUAACAAAACCAAUUCAAUCAACUUUAAAUUUAGGUCAAUUCUUUUGUUCAAGUUGUUUUGAAGAAAUACCUUCUCCUCAUAAUGAAAAUUUAUUAAUUUCAGAUUGUGAUCAUCUUUAUUGUAAAGCAUGUUAUAUCUAUUUAUUGGUGGUGGUGGUAAGACCAAUUAAUGAUCAAUUAAAUUCUCAUGCAAUUGUUUCUUGUGAAAGAUGUGAUACAAAUCCUUUACAAUUCACUAUGAAUUUACAACAAGAAAAAUAUAAACAAUUAAAAAAGAAACAAAAAGAUUUAUUUGAUAAAUUUAAAGAAGAUUCAACAACAUUAUCAUCAUCAUCAUCGUCUCAAAUGGGUGGUGCUUCAACACCUACUAAAUCAAAAAUUGAUUUAACACUUUCAAAUGUCGGUGCAAAUUUACUUCAACAUCAAUUAGAUAAUAUGAAAGCAGUAAGAUGUCAAUUAUUUUCAACUAAAAUUAAAGCAUUAUUAAAAGAUAUUCAAGAAACAAUGAUUGGUAAUGAUGAAGAAUAUAGUGAUGAUGAUGAUGAAGAUGAUGAUGAUGAUGAUGAUAAAGAAAAAUUACUUUUUAAAGAUGAUUUAUCAUUUUUAUCUUCCUCUUCUUCCUCUUCUUCAAUAAAAAAUAACGACAACAACAACAACAACAACAACAACAACAACAACAACAACAACAACAACAACAACAACAACAACAACAACAACAACAACAACAACAACAACAAUAGUGAUUAUAGUGAUGAUUUAGUUAGCAAAGAUGAUGAAUUAGAAUUUGAACAAACAUUUAAAAUUACACCAAAGAAAGGUACAAGAAAGAGAGAUAUAAAAUCAAAUAAUAAUAAUUAUAGUAAAAAGAAAAGAGGAUCAAUUAUAGACGAAAAUGAAAUAAAUUCUUUAAAAAACUCUCAAAAGAAUAUAAUAGCAAAUUUAAAGAAUGCAAAAGGAAAGAAUCAAUUAAAAGGUAUUGUUUUUUCACAUUGGACAAUGUUUUUAGAUUUAAUUGAAGAAUCAUUAAUUGCAAAUGAUUGGAUUAAAGAUGUUGAUUUCUGUAGAAUCGAUGGUAAAUUACCAAUUUCAAAACGUGAAGCAAUCAUUGAUUCAUUUCAAGCGAAAUCAAACAAUGGUAAUGGUGGUCCAAGAUUAAUGUUAAUGUCAAUUACAUGUGGUGGUAUUGGUUUAAAUUUAGAAAGAGCUAAUAUCGUUUAUUUAAUGGAACCAAGUUGGACACCUUCAAUUGAAGAACAAGCCAUUGGUAGAGUUGAUCGUAUUGGUCAAACUCGUGAUAUCUUUGUUAAAAGAUUUAUCAUUAAAAAAACUAUAGAAGUUGGUAUGUUAAAACUUCAUGACGCUAAAAAAAAUAAUUCAAAUGCUUUCCUCACUGAUGAUGAAAUAGAAUUGGAAGAAAAUCCAAAAUUAACUGUUCAAGAAAUGAAAAGUUUAUUUUCACAACAAAAUGAAUCAUUUGAAAAUAAUAAUGAUGAAGAAGAGAUUCAAAAAAUUGAAAAAGAAUUUCAACAACAACAACAACAACAAGAUUUUAAUAAAAAAGAAGAAAAGGAAAUUUUUUUAAUUGAUUAA